AUUAUGAUUCAUUAUAUCCACCUAAUUAAAAACAUGCUUCUUCUUCCAUCACUACCCACACCCACUCCAUAAUAGAGAUCAACUAAUCCUCAAAAUUAUUAUUAAUAUUCCAACCACAGCAGAGCAUAUAGGUCAUCCACUUUAUUUAUCAAUUGGCUUCGAAUUUCAGUGCAUCUAUAAGAGAGAGAAGAAGCUUCCACUUUUGUUUUUUUAUUGUUUAAUGCUUGUCUUUAUCUUCUCCAGCCUCAACAGUUUCUUGAUGUUUUUCACGUUUUUUCUUGCUGCUUUCUGAAUUUUUACAUCACAAAAUGCGUUGAAUUUGCUUGAUGACUGUGUUUCUAGCUCUUGAUUGUUCGUGGUAAAGGUAGAAAAAGUUGUAGGUUAGGUGAAGUACAUGGAGAAAGAGAUAAAUCUUGAUCAAUUUGAUUGACAGAAAGAGAAUUUCAUUGUGAUGAACGACGAAGCUUUACAUCUUGCAACUAAGGUUAUGGUAAUGGCUCUCGUCAUAUCAGUAGUGUUGUUGUUUCUGGGAAUCGGGAUUUUGAUUUUUAUUCAUAUUUGUGUUGUGGGAAGAACGUUCAGGAGAGGAUUCGGAAAUGGCGGAAAUGUUGACAGAGGCAGCAAUGGAAGCAUGAGCAUGUCUCGAGACGACAUCGAGAAGCUUCCUUGUUUUGAUUACAUAGCGAAGAGUAAAGGGAGUAGUCCCGUUGAUUGUGCGGUUUGUUUGGAUAAUUUCAAGAAAGGCGAUAAGUGCAGGCUGCUGCCGCUAUGUAACCAUAGCUUUCAUGCUCAGUGUGUGGAUGCAUGGCUUCUCAAGAACCCUAAUUGUCCGAUUUGUCGAAGCAUGGCUGAUUCUCGAAGGUUUGGCGAAGAAAGCAGCCGUUUCAGUGAUAUUAGUAUUGAGUUAAUUAGAGAGCGCCCGCCAACGGAAAGUUCACAAGGGAGUGAAAUCAGAAUUGAAAUGGAAGAGAAUAACCAGAGACCAACAGAAAGUAGCGAUGAAAAUGAAGAUCGUAAUCAUGGAGGCGUUGAUGAAUCAAGAGAGAAUCUUGUAGGGACGACUCAUGGUGAUCAUCAAUUGGGUUCAAAUGUUGCUAUUGUUUAAACUUAAAAGAGAUUACUUGAAGUUAUAAACGUUUUAAUUAGAAUAUGAUUAAUUUUUCAAGUGUUGGAUAU